CCCACCUCUUCCUGUCGGUGUCAGAAGGCAACUUCACCAUAUUUAGCUGGCUCGCCGAAGCCCCGCAGAGUUGAUCUGUCAACCAGACUGAAAAUCUUGACACAUAUCGGCGGAUACUGCCCGGUGUUGACAGCUUUAUUCUGGCACUGGGAUAGAAACUACAGAAGACGACGUCGUUGGGAGACGGUGCUUGAGGAACGGGGCCGUGUCAGUGGCUGUUUUUAACGCUAUAAAAGUAGCCGUCGUCUGUCAGAAUUCCAACUAUCCAACAGCCGAGCUAGCCAGCUAGCUAAUUACCGUAGCUACACCGACGCUCGCUGUGCGGUAGAUACGGAUUUAUGUGCUUUCUGUUAACGGUCAGCCAUCGGUAGGAAUUCAUUUGGACUCAGUGACCCCGCUGUGAUGAUAUCCUGACAGCUCCUCUCGUCCGUUCCAGCCGCUUUCCUUAAAGCCUGGCUAGCGAGCUAACUUAGCUAACUAGCUGGUUUUCACUGCCACAGCGUCGCGUCGAGUAACCAGUAGCUUUCGCCGUGGCAGUGAAAUCCGAUUGGAUACGUUGACCGUGUGCGAACGGCGGUGUGCGGGGACGCCGAAAACCCCCGGCCGGCGAAACGACCGUACUGAAGGGCCCCUUUUGACAGUCCGCAGGGAGGGGAGCUAGCAGAACACCAGGGUACUCGGACACUCAGUGCUGCAGAGGCGGCGCACCGCCGAAGGAGACACCGGAUUGAACGGAGGAAGAGUCCCAAACGUUUGACAACUGUGAUCCGGGAAGUGAACCGGGCAGGGACCUCAUGAAUGGAAAUCGGAACUACAGGAGCCGUUGGGGCCCAGUCCCUGUUCUCCAUGCCUCGGCGGCCUGGCUAUGGCACCAUGGGAAAGCCCAUCAAGCUGCUGGCCAACUGCUUCCAGGUGGAGAUCCCCAAGAUGGAUGUCUACCUCUACGAGGUGGACAUCAAGCCUGACAAGUGUCCACGGCGAGUCAACAGGGAGGUGGUUGACUCCAUGGUGCAGCACUUCAAGGUGACAAUCUUUGGGGAUCGCAGGCCGGUCUAUGAUGGAAAGAAGAGCCUGUAUACAGCCAACCCAUUGCCUGUGGCACCUACAGGGGUGGACCUGGAUGUCACUCUACCGGGUGAGGGAGGGAAAGAUCGUCCUUUCAAAGUUUCCAUCAAAUUUGUCUCUCUGGUCAGCUGGCACAUGCUCCACGAGGUGCUCACUGGCCGCAGCAUGCCUGAGCCUCUUGAGCUGGACAAGCCCAUCAGCACCAACCCGGUACAUGCAGUGGAUGUGGUCCUACGACACCUGCCCUCCAUGAAGUACACUCCAGUGGGUCGAUCCUUCUUCUCAGCUCCAGAGGGCUAUGACCAUCCCUUGGGAGGUGGGAGGGAGGUUUGGUUUGGCUUCCAUCAGUCUGUGCGGCCCGCCAUGUGGAAGAUGAUGCUUAACAUUGAUGUGUCUGCCACCGCUUUUUACAAGGCCCAGCCUGUCAUCCAGUUCAUGUGUGAAGUGCUGGACAUCCACAACAUAGAUGAGCAGCCUCGCCCUCUCACAGACUCGCACCGGGUCAAAUUCACCAAAGAAAUCAAAGGUUUGAAGGUGGAGGUGACGCACUGUGGAACCAUGCGGAGGAAGUACCGUGUCUGCAACGUGACCCGUCGGCCUGCCAGCCAUCAAACGUUCCCUUUACAGUUGGAAAACGGUCAGACUGUAGAGCGCACUGUAGCCCAGUACUUCAGGGAGAAGUACAACCUGCAGCUUAAGUACCCACAUUUGCCCUGUCUACAGGUGGGCCAGGAGCAAAAGCACACCUACCUGCCCCUGGAGGUGUGUAACAUUGUAGCUGGUCAGCGGUGCAUCAAGAAACUGACAGAUAACCAGACCUCCACUAUGAUCAAAGCCACAGCUCGCUCGGCACCUGACAGGCAGGAGGAGAUCAGCAGACUGGUGCGCAGUGCCAACUACGAGGCAGACCCAUUUGUGCAGGAAUUCCAGUUCAAGGUGCGCGACGAGAUGGCCCACGUGACGGGGCGAGUGCUACCCGCCCCCAUGCUGCAGUACGGCGGCAGGGUGAGCACAGAGCACUUUAUGAACCGCACUGUAGCCACGCCCAGCCACGGGGUGUGGGACAUGAGAGGGAAGCAGUUCCACACUGGGGUGGAGAUCAAGAUGUGGGCCAUUGCCUGCUUCGCCACACAGAGGCAGUGUCGAGAAGAAAUCCUGAAGGGUUUCACAGAUCAGCUACGUAAAAUCUCCAAGGAUGCUGGGAUGCCCAUCCAAGGCCAGCCAUGUUUCUGUAAAUAUGCCCAGGGAGCGGACAGUGUGGAGCCCAUGUUCAGACACCUGAAGAACACCUAUGCUGGACUGCAGCUCAUCAUCGUCAUUCUGCCGGGAAAGACUCCCGUCUACGCGGAGGUAAAGCGCGUGGGAGACACCCUCUUGGGCAUGGCCACCCAGUGUGUUCAGGUGAAGAAUGUGGUGAAGACGUCACCUCAGACCCUUUCCAACCUCUGCCUCAAGAUCAAUGUGAAGCUGGGAGGCAUCAACAACAUCCUGGUGCCGCACCAACGACCCUCAGUGUUUCAGCAGCCAGUUAUUUUCUUGGGAGCAGAUGUUACACAUCCACCUGCUGGAGAUGGAAAGAAGCCCUCAAUUGCAGCAGUGGUAGGCAGCAUGGAUGCCCAUCCUAGCAGGUACUGUGCCACUGUGCGGGUCCAGAGGCCCAGGCAGGAGGUGAUCCAGGACCUGGCCUCCAUGGUGCGGGAGUUGCUCAUCCAGUUCUACAAGUCAACCCGCUACAAGCCCACCAGGAUCAUUUUCUACAGGGAUGGAGUUUCAGAAGGCCAGUUCAGACAGGUGCUGUAUUAUGAGCUGCUGGCCAUUCGUGAGGCCUGUAUCAGCCUGGAGAAGGAGUAUCAGCCAGGCAUCACCUACAUUGUUGUGCAAAAACGCCACCAUACACGCCUCUUCUGUGCCGACCGUAAUGAAAGAGUUGGACGUAGUGGAAACAUUCCUGCUGGUACUACCGUGGAUACGGACAUCACGCAUCCCUACGAGUUUGACUUUUACCUCUGCAGUCACGCUGGAAUACAGGGCACCAGUCGGCCCUCCCACUACCAUGUACUGUGGGAUGACAAUUGUUUUACCGCUGACGAGUUCCAGCUGCUCACCUACCAGUUGUGCCACACUUAUGUGCGCUGUACCCGCUCAGUCUCCAUCCCUGCGCCAGCCUACUACGCCCACCUGGUAGCCUUCCGCGCCCGCUACCAUCUGGUGGACAAAGAACAUGACAGUGCUGAGGGCAGCCAUGUGUCUGGUCAGAGUAAUGGUCGGGACCCACAAGCGCUGGCCAAAGCUGUUCAGAUUCACCACGACACCCUGAGGACCAUGUACUUCGCCUGAGCUACACCAACCCUCCCCAAUCAUUGCCACCCAUAACACACACACACAUAAAUACACAGAUUGCAACCAUGCACACCUGGCUUGCAAGUCAAGGAGUCCUCAUAGGUGCAAGUCCCGCCCCCCACACGCCUAGUCAAUCCGGACCUGACACUGUGCAGAGGAAAGCAGGGAGGAGGGAGGGGAGGAGGCACCCCCACACUGGACUGAGGAUGCAAACGCUGCUUUAAAAACAAACAAGAGAGAAACUCAGCACUAUUAUGCAAUAUUAAACCAGCCAACUAGUUUAUUUUCACCCUCAUCAGGCCCCCUUUUCAUUGCCCCUCCUAUUUGUUCACCCUUGUUUGUCUCCUUUACUUAUGGCCUAGUGGGUGUUCUUGUUUGUUUUUACUUUUGCCCUCCUUUGGCACAGUCUUUCUUUAUGAUCUACUAAUCUGCUCCUUUGCCAUCUACAGUACCUCAAGUCAGUUUGAGCAGCAGCACUUUUACAUUCUGUCAGUUUUAGUGUAGUUUGUUGUUGAUUCUCCCCAGUGUUUGAAAUGAAGGAGCAGAGAAGGAAAGGUCAGACUCUGGAGUUGUUCAGUGGUGUUUGAUAUUUUUUUUUUUUUUUUUGGAGUAAUAGUUAUUACAUUGGACCUGAGGUCCUCCCAGACGCCACUUUUGUUUUUCCUUUUUCUCCUUUUCUUCCUCUGUCCUGUCACUUUUUACUAGUGUGUGAAGUCACCAGUUAUGUGUAUGGAGCAACAUGUUCUUUUGAGCACACUGCCACCUGUUGGCGACGAGGUAUAAAUGCCCCCUUAAGUCACAACAAGGGGUUGCUGUCCUGUAAAGAUUCAAAUCAGUUUUGAUUUAUCUUUAGCAGUCAGCUGUCACAUUUAGACAGGGGCAGUUUAUAUUGGCUGAUAUAUCAAUUGCUCAAUUGCAGCCAUCUAUGGAUUUUAUUUAAAGUAUAACACUGUUAUUUGAUUCUGGUUGUUAUUUUUCCUUCGACAUUAUGUGAAACAUUUUAUGAUUCUAACUUUUUAAAGAAAUCAUUUAAUCAUGUAAUCUGAUGUUUUUAAUCUUAGUAGUCGUCAUGCAUUCAUUUCCCUCAGUGCUUUAUCUCACAUUUCCCUCUCUCGAGUUUGAGAUGGUGGUUAAAUAGAGAUCAUGUCAAUGGUUUCCUCUAGUGCAAUAAUCAGUUGAACGAAGGGAAGAGGAUUUUAGGGGACUUAAACAACGUAAAAGAACAGUUUCACAUUUCAUUUGAAAGUGAGUGUCCUUGAUAGGGGAAAAGUUUGCCACUUGCAAGGCACUUUCAUGUAUUCCUCUUCUGCAAGAUGAUAGAUCACCAUGUUUUAUGAGUUUGCCCUUGCUGUUGGGCAAAAACAGUGCAACUGCAGUUGGUGACUCUUUUUUCUUUUUCUUUUUUUUUUUUUAACUUGAAUUGAAGGAUUUUAUGCGCCUCUGUGGUUUGAGAUUAUUUUAUCAUCAAUGGGCAUAAUUUCAGAAUUCCUGAUUAUCAGUUUGCUAAUGAGGCUGAUUUUCUUAAUUCCUUAGAAUUACCCAAUUUUGGAGAGCAAAGCUUUUCAUCUGACAGCAGCAAAGUGGAGUCUAAAGGCCAUAAAGAGGUAGUAUUCAAGUGCCUGGUGGAAGUUUAAGCAUUUAAUGGUCAAAUAUGGAUCUUUUUUUCCCAGUGGGUAAAAGAAUCAAAAAGCAAAUUCCAACAAAUGGACAACAUGAGAUAGUUUGAAGCAAGAAAGUUUCACCCGAUGCCUCUUUUUCCUCUCAACAACUGUCUACUGACUUUUCUAUACAUCUCAUUCAAAUCAUCCUAAGAUCAAUAUAUUUAUUAUGUUUGCCUAUACAGCAGUGUUAGCUGUUGGCUUUGCUUCGGAGCAGCAUUCAAGCAAAGCAGGCCGAGUUGUCUUUUGCUUAAUAUUCACCAGAUAUGGAUCCAGCUGCUACAGUGUGUUUGUACCUAAUGGGCCGGGUUCAUGGGCAUGGAGUCAGCCUCAUAAUAAACUAAUUCUUUCAAUAAACUGUUUCUUUCAGUAGGCAUCCAAGUCCAGGAUUAGGUUUAAUUCCUUGUCCAUGUAACCGGCCUGAAGUUGGGGCUGGCUUCAGGACAGAGCCGAGGAGUUAAGUGGAUGACCAACACUUGCAGCAGAAGUACAGCUGACUGUUGAUAUUGAAACAUGUAUCUGACUUAGAGUCACCAUUUUGCUCCUCUGUGCCACUGAUGACCUGAAGCUCGUCCGGGGGGUGUUUUUAAAAGUUAUCUGCACUAAAAGAAGCAUGUGUUUCGGGACUGAACACAGGCGUGGUGCUACUCAUUCUGAAUUAGAAUCUGAAGCUGAACCUCUAUAUGAGACUGUAUAUGAGCUGGUAGGUAGGGUAGAAAACGGUAAACCUCACUCAUGUUAGGACAUUAGAAGGUCCCACUUCUACGGUUGGUGCGGGGAGCUCUAGAGUUAAGAUUUCAUUCGGUAGUUAUGGUCGGCAUUGAGAACCUGUCUAUGGUACAAUGACAGACGUUCCCUCGGACAGUGAGGUAUAAUGUAGGGUCCUGCAUCCGCUGUUGCAUUUGACUGCCUUUCAUAGGCUAGCCUUCCAGCGUGGAAGCCAGUGGGUUUGAGCCUUCAUGAUUUCACUAGUGUCUGAAAGCCUUUUUAAAAAGCCAGAUCGAAAGUAUAUUUGUACAUUUUAAAUUAUGUAAUGCACACCACUUAUUUUUGCUAACAGAAAAAAUGUAGUCUAAUUAUUAAUCUUAGUAAUAAAUGUAUCAUGAUAAGUAAUGGUUAAAAAGGUAUAAUAACAAAGUUUUAUUAUUGCAAUAGACUGUUGACUUGUUCCUGUGUCACUGUAUAACGUAUAGUGUAUGUGUGAACAGUGGUGGGGUUGUUGAAACUAGUGAUGUGUGUUUGGACUGUCAUACUGUUAUUGAUAGGGAUGUGGACUUAAACCGCCUCUUGCUUUGAUGUUUGGAAAAAAAAAAAGCUGCAAGAUGUUGAAUGCUUAUUUCUCUCCUUUUGUUUUUUUUAUGAUGUUCGUACAGUUGAGGGUUUGUCGUAGAAGAAAGAAUAUCGAGAGAGAAAAUAUUAGCAUACUCUAGUCUGAAAGGCUUUGUAUAAGACAUUACAUCCCUAUUGUGAUGACAGACAGUAGAAUAGAAAAGGAGUGGGUUGACGUAUUGAGUGUCUGCUCUUGAAUGUUCUCGGGUUCUCUUCAACUGGUGCUGACGCCUGCUCCUUAUCAAGAGGGAGAGUAAAAGGGAAUGGGCAAGUGGUUUUGAAAGUGUUGUUGAUCCAUUUCAAGGACAUGUGAUCAAAGAAUAACGUAACAAGGGGUAGUAGUUCUCCAUUCCUUUGCGUUAAAGCCUCGGGGGAUUUACGUCGGAUUGCAACCUCUGUUGCUUUCCUCAGACUCCUCUCCUUACCCGAGCCUGUUCAUGUGCUCACAAAUACAAAGAGUUGGCCUCCCAGUAAAUCUGGUGUGACAAAGCCUGUAAUCUUAUUGUUGCUCUCUUUCCCCUUUGCUCCUGAACAUUUACUCCCCUGUGGCAGAGGACUACAUUCCACGGCCGUACAAUCCCAUCCGAUCCCCCUGGGAGGCGUAAAAAAGAUUAGAGCUGAAGGACAAUAUGGUGGGAUAUAGUGGGUUCUGUGAUUAAUUCAAGUACAUGUGUGUGUGUUUGGAAGGAAUCAAAGCUGAUCAAUGAUAGCUUUGUCAGUAUGUGGCAGGUUGUGUUGGAAGCUGAACAAGUCUGAAGGUUGAUUGUGAGAAUUAGAAUCCAUUUAUAACUCACUAUCUCUGCUGUCUGUAAUGGAUGUUCAUUUUGUGUAUAAACUACACUCUUGAGGGCAGUUGAACACAUGUUUACAUAGCAGAUGUGUUUGCCUUGCUUACAACUGAAAUGUCAUCAGCUCCGCUUUGCAAAUAUUAGCUAGUAGAGAAGUGACCUAACAUGAGCAAGACCAUUUGGGGCCUGUGGAAGUGAACGCUUGAAGGGAUAUGAAGACAUUAUUUAUUUGGCCAGUUUUUCCUCAGCAGACAUCUGUGUUAAAGAGCAGGGGGAAAGUCUUGUUUGUCCUUCUAGUUCCAUUAAAAUGACGUGUUAGAUUGGAUGGAAAUAAAAGGCUACACUCAGCUCACAGCUCGCAGCUAGCUGUGGCCUUUGGCUCUCAAUUAGGAUUGUUAACCAUACAGGCAAGUCUUCUUAUGAAACCUGAAGAGCAAACAUCUUACCCACACAGUGACAACUGUCUAGUGAAGAAAAAUAACCAAAUUAACUUCAAAUGGUCAGUGACUCCUUUUUUAAAAAAGAAAAAAAUAGUAAAAGUAUAUUCCAUUUCGAGUAAUCAAUCAAUAUCCCUGAUUUUGGUUGCUCUCUAUUUGCAGUGGAAGGUAGCAAUGGAGUGAGAAAAAGUCCACAGAAAGUGCCUUUCCUCUUGAUGGUGCUGUAAAUUGAAAGAUAAAAUGUAAAAAUCAAAGAAAUAGAAUCUCCUUUUCAAGAACACAUUGCAAUGCAGGAAUGACUGCAUUUUACACACACUCACUGUACACGUUUGUUUUUUAGAGAUGGCAAUGCAAACUUGUGUAUUUAGACAUUAAGCCUACAUAGAAACAGAAUAUUAUGCCAAGUAUAUGGUUGUGGUUGAGCUUUCGCUUCCUAGUGCAUUUAGUGUCUUGGACCAAUGGUGUCGUUGGUACAGUGGAAUGUGCGUCUGGGUGGGUGGUGGGGUGGGAUGGGGAGGGUGGGGUCAUAGCGGACACUAGCGUGGUGUGAUACAGCCCAGCCCACGAAUGACAAACAUAGCACAGCACUUUAGAGACUGCCACUCUCACUUAGACACAUAGCCAAGAGGUUUCGAUCUCUGUCCCUCCAGUCCCCUUCUUCCUCCCGCUCGGGGAGGAGGAGGAGAGGAUCCAGACCUCAGCGUAAACGAGGAGUCGAAGGGAUGUGUGUUACCAAACAAAGCAGUCGGUCAUUAAAAGUGUGCCUCAUGCUCUUGUGACUUUUGUUGUUGGCUCGGUUGAGUCAGCCUGCUCUUGGGUGGUGGUUUUCCCUCUGGAACAGCCACUCAAUACUUGUUACAGCUAGGGCUGGGUGUCAAAACAUGAUAUCAGUACCUCCCUGAUUUUUGGCAUCAAAAUUCUGAAGUGUCCCAAAGUUUGGAGAAAAAAAAGUGGUCCAUAACUUUUUACAAGAGUAGAUUUUUGCACUGAGGAAUCAAGGUUUUCUUCUUGAAGGGCAUUUUUACAAAGGAAAGUAACACAAGGAGGAUCUAAAGAAAUCAUGAAUGACAGGAAAUACUACUCUGCUGCACAGUGAAGUAUUCUUUCAGUGUCAUUUUACAGCAGGUAUAGAGACGAAAUCCAACAGAACCAGUGUCAGUAUUGAAACUCUCUUCACGAUGCCCAGCCCUAGUAACAGCCCAUGGCAUUCUGUCAUCUUAGUGCAAUGCCCUGCCAUGUGUCUUGUCCCUAAUGGAGGGAAUGUGUGCCCAGUAGUAUCCCUGUCUUGAGCCGGUAGGGUGUCGACUGAAAACCGAGGGUGGUCUGUAGUUCUGUGGGUACCUUUUCAGUCCAGGGGGUGAAAUCUUUCUAUUACAAGAGAUCUCAAAAAACACUGCACCUCACUUACCUUGGUAUGCUGCAUAUGUUAUACUACAUGAAAGAAAACUGCAAAUUGCUUUUAUUAUGACAUAUAAUGCUUGAGUAAUGCCUGAUUGCGAUAUUCUUAUACAGUAACUAUUUUAGAGUCAAAAUAAGUAUAACUGUAAAAAAUAUUCUCUGUUUUGUCUUAACACUUAUCCAAUUUUGAAAAAUUGUUCUUGAGCCGACUUUUAUUUUGUUGUCCUAUUUAAAUGUGUUGUUCUUUAAAUAUAUAUAUGAAAUAUAUAUAUGCGGAAUAUUUUAUGGUGUAUUUAUUGAGAGUGCGUUUAAGCGGCUGGAGUCUCCGCAUCAUAUUGCAACAUGGUGGGGGUGGAGCCAGGAGGAUGAGGCCUUUAGCCCCUCCCCCUCCAUGUUGACGCCUUAUUCUCCUAGACACGCAAGCACAACAAUAUGGAGGGGGGUAUGAGGUGGAGGAAAAGCAGGAGGUGGAUUUGACUUGUUUAAAAAAAAAAUAAACUGCGUGUGUCAAGUUCAGGUUGACAUUUAACUCUCAAGCCAACUCUGCCUCCUCCUUUUCUUGAUAUUCUUUACCCUCCAAUCUUCUUUUACCACCUGAGAAGGCCAAAUGCCAACCCCCACAUGUUGCAGCUCAUCUCUGAUGAAGGGAACCAUUUCUGAACCACACUGACUUGAGUGUCGAAUAGCUGACUUUUUUUCAUCCCAAGCUGCUGACUGGUACGUUAGCCAUGUAAAUUCCCCAAGCCAUUAAAGGGCAGGUGGGAGAGAGCGUAAAAUAAAAUAAAUAAAAAAUGUAAAAAAACCCACGGGGGAAGGAAGGAAAUAUGUUGGAAAGGCAGUAUACUUUUGGAUUAUGGUGAAAAUUUUAGCGUAGGCGUUGCUUCUUUCCUCUUAAGUUGUUUCCUGUCGUCAAUUUUUUUUUUUUUUUUGUGCCAGAACAUUUUACAGCAGGAACAGGUCUCAUUCCACAAGAAAAGACAUGCCUCAGCCUUAAGUGCGUUCUUAUGUAAUCGUCAGAUUUCUAUGUGACUUUGCAAUGCUUGCGUUGGGUGGCCUACCAAGAAAACAAGCCUACGUACUUGAUCUGCCCUAAUUCCCCAACCGGCAUCCUCAUCACUUUCUCAUGUCUCAUGUAAACCACUAACAUUGCUACAGAACCUAGUGAACUCUGAUGUACGAACAAGUGUAAAGCUUUCGAGAGAAAAAAAAUUGCUCUGUCCCAUUUGUACUGAUGUCAGAACAGAACCAAGUCUGGGUCAAACAGUAUUUGGAAACAAUUGUUGGUAUUUGUCAAAACCAGAUGAGCAGGACAAUUCAGAUAUCAACAUAAAAAUUCUGAAUAAUGUGAAAACAUAUGCUAAUUUGCCUUUUAUACACUUACAUGUGCUGGUGUAAACUUAUUGGUUAUUCUGUUGUCAUUAAUCACAAAUCCAAAGAGCAGUAUUUUCAGAUACAGUUUGACUUGGGCCUGACAGGAACCAGGGGGUUCCCUAGAGUGCUGGAUUACAGAGACCUGUGCCUGUAUAAUGAACCAAGGAUGAAUCAUGUUGUGAUGAAUUGCUGUUCUUUUAUUUUUCUUUUCUUUUUUUUCCUGUUGGUUGUCCCUCACCCCAUCGGAGGAUCAGAGACAUGGAGCUUUUGAGUGUUGUCAGUCCUGUUCCAAAGCAAACAGGCCCUUUGCCCAUUAAACCAAAUACAUUUUGGUUAAUAAAUGUUUACGGUAAUGUUUACUCCAAUGGCUAUCAGAUGUUUAACCUGUUUCCAUCCCAUUAGCAUUCCAAUAAUGACUACGAACCAAAUAUUGCAGAUGAGAUUAGGCUCCUGAUGCCGCUUUUCCCUUGUAUACACAUAAUGGUUUUGAAGACAGAUACUUGACAGUGGCCAAGGAUUUUAUGUGUAUGCUGAUUGUCCAGAUUGUCAUUUUUUUUAAUGUAGCAUCACUCCUGUGUCAGUCUUAUUUCAAACUUAAGAUCUUGGGCUCUGAUACCUCUGAGUGAGGCACCAGCAAACGGAUGUAUACGUUGAACAGUGAACCUUCACCACCAGAUGAUCCAUGUCUCAGUCUGUGUUAGCCUAUGUUGCAACGGCUCUGUUGUACCAACAGCUCGAUUCCUUUUCAGUUUUAAAUGUUUUUCUUUUGUAACUUUCUCUUACAGGUUGUUGGCCUUUUAGUGUUGCUUUGCUUCAGUUUGAAGUGUAUCUUUGACUAAUACUUGCAAUAAAAUGCUUUGCUUUAC